AUGAUGCAAUCUGAGCUUCUUCCUCCAUACCUUAAUGUAAUCAACUCACCUUUUGACCAAUUUGAAUACAACGACGUCAACAUGGGAAGUUCUGACUUCUCUUCUCCGUUCAUGGCCUCCGAUGAAUUUUCCGAAACUUCUUCAUUUCCCUUUGCAACCAUGUUCUCUGGUGACUUUGAACAACUUGCAGAUUGUGAUCAUCUCCUGCAAGUCACAUCAUCAGUGGAGGAAUUUCCAAUGGACUUUGGAGGGUUUGAGCCUAAUUAUUUGAUUGGUGAUAUAGAAGGCAUGUAUGCCUGUUUGGAAAGGAGUGAGGGGAGCACCCUUCCAUCACAGCAAUUUUCUAUUGAAGGAAAUGAUGUGUGGAGCCCUAACUCAUUAAUGACAUCUGAAGCAUCAUCCUUGGAUGUGACCUCUAUCCAUCAAUCACUGACCCUGCCUCGGGAAGAGAUGGAAAUCGAUAACGAAUUGAGUAUUCGUCAUCUGCUCAAGGCGUACAGCGAAGCCAUGGAGAUGGGACAGAGGGAGCUAGAGGAGGUAAUCCUGAGAUGCCUUAGUGAGAAAGUCAACCCACUUGGUCAAUCUUUGGAGCGCCUUGCAUUCAACUUAUGCCAAGAAGUUGAUGAUCAGCAAGGCGAUUAUCUGAAACAAGAAUCCUGCAAGAAUUUCGAGGCUGCAUUUAACCUGUUCUACCAAAGCUUCCCCGUUGGGAGGUUUGCGCACUAUGCAGCAAACACAGCGAUCCUUGAAGCUAUCCCGGAGGAUGCAGAGACAGUUCACAUAGUGGACUUUGACAUGGGAGAAGGGGUUCAAUUGUCUCAGCUGAUUGAGGUUGUGGCACAGAGACACAAAACACUAAAAGUCACAGCAAUUAAAUGGGAUGUGGAAGAGACUGAAGACGGUGCUCCUCCACAGUGGAGAUUUGAGGAGACAAAAAGGCAACUGAAGCAUCAUGCGAGAUCUUUUGGCCUAAACUUGAAAGUGGAGGAGAUAGCAAUUAAGGAUUUGGUGAGUGAAGUAAAGAAAGCAAACAAGAGGGGUGGAGGCAGAGAAUUUCUAGCAUUCAACUGUAUGGUGGGGCUGCCCCACAUGAGGAGAAGAAGAAGCAGAGGGCUUAUCUUGGAGUUUGUACGGCUAGCUAAGGAUUUGUUAGCCAGUUCGGCCAACUACAAGACUAGUAACAGAGGGAUUAUCACUUUUGGUGAUGGAGAUGCUUGUGCAAAACUCGGGAACGGUUUGAGUUUCAGUUCAUUCUUUGAUGGGUAUCUGGCUCAUUACCAAGCCUUGUUAGAGUCUAUCGAGUCGAAUUUCCCGAGUCAUCUAGCAGAAGCAAGAAUGGUGAUAGAGCUGAUGUUUGUGGCACCUUAUGUCUCUUCUCAGGCUUUGUUCCAGAAGUGGAACGAAGUAAGAGAAGAGUGCCAUCUUCAACCGUGGUUUGGGCUGGAGGGUAAGAGACUGAGCAGAGAGAGUCUGAUGGAAGCCAAAGAAAUGGUGGGAGAAAGCUCAUAUGGAGUAAGAAUUGGACAGAAUGGAAAUGAAAUGGCCUUGGAAUGGGAAGGAACUCCUUUGGUUAGAGUGUCAACCUGGACAACCCAAAGCUAG